AUGGGUGGUGGGGAUUUGAAACGAUGUAAAUCUCUGGACAUUCUGCCGAAUGAAAUUUCAACGUAUGAAACAUCCGACAAAGAUAUCAUGGAUAAAUGGAGAGGAUAUUUUACUCCUCUUACCGUGUUUGCAUCCUCUUCUCGUUUGCUUUCAGGAGAAGAGUCAGGUGGUUACACGGGAAAGCCAUUGCCCACUUACAGGCCGGCAUCGCAAUUGGUUCCUUUGGGUGGCUCUGCAAGACUCUUCUGCGAAGCUUAUCUCGGUAAAGUGGAACUUCCUGAUGCCAAAAACUCCGUGACCUGGUCAAAAAGCGACAGUAACGUAACAUUACCAAGCCAUGGUAGGAUAGCACAGCAUAGAGUAUCCAGAGAGAACGACCAAAUCGUCGGCUCCUAUCUUGAGAUAGAAGAUAUAACCUUGGAGGAUUAUGGGGAAUACAAGUGCGAGGUUAGCAAUGGUGUCGACGAAGAAAUCACUUUACCCGCUCACGUUUAUCGUCAAGAACCGCAAUUCACGUUGGAUCUUCAAAACGAUUCCUGGAGAAAACCUUUUCUACUAGCCGUUUUGGUCCUGGUAUUACUAUUCUCCGCUGUAGCCUUCUAUGCCCGUUGUUGGUUACCUCUGGUGGUUCUAUGCCGCGACAAAUUCGCCCGACUCGAGGAGAACGACGGAAAGGAAUGCGACGCGGUUGUGUGUUACCACGAGAAGGACUCGAGCUUGGCCAUUGGUAUCAUCGUACCGACUCUUGAGUCAAGGCAUCGAUAUAAAUGCACCACCUUGGAACUUUCCUGUCUCAGUCAGAACUGGAAUCUGGAAAUUGGACCGCAUGCUGGUACAGCUAGGCGUGUAAUCGUAGUUCUGAGUCCGGCAUCAUUAAAUGACGUUUGGACGGAGGCAAGCGUAUUACCAAUACUGAAACAGCUUGCCGGAUUAUCGACAACUACAAUCGCGGUUAUGCUGAAGGAUUUACCGAGUACAACUCAAAUGGGAAAACCAUCAUCUAGACGGGGUGAUCGAACCGACAGUGAUUACGUUCUAUUCGAUCGUUUGAAGAUACUUCGAUGGAACGAAUCAAGCACAAUCGAUAAAUCCUUAAAUCCACUUUCCUCAUCCUCAUUUUCAUUCUCCUCGACGAGUAUCCUAUCGUCGGCCGAUCGCCGUAAGUUUUGGUACAAACUGAGACUGGCGAUGCCACCGAUGAGACCAAUCGGAAAUGAGAGUACCUGCCAAUCGGUCGCUAUGAUCGUCCAAUCGAACGGCAAGUGCGGACAACAGAAGGCACGUUCGCGCGAGAGUCUCGAGGUUCUCGUUUAAUUUAAUCCAACCCCCACCCCUCAUAUUUUUUUAUUAUUUACCCCGCACGCUCGCUCCUAUCCUCCCUCUCCCCAUUUUCCAAAUCCCCUAUUUCAUCUUUAAUACUUUUAUUAUUAUUAUUAUUAUUAUUAUUAUU